CACAUGCUACCAACACAUGCACUUCUGUCUGCUAGCGUUUCCACCACAGGGGGAGUCGGGACAGCGACCCACAAUGAGGAUAAAAUAACCCCGAAUCAUUCUUCUGUACAUGUUUAUUUAACAAGCUGCCAAAAUGGUGAAGGAGCAAUUCAGAGAGACAGAUGUGGCCAAAAAAAUAAGCCACAUCUGCUUUGGGAUGAAAUCUGCAGAGCAGAUGCGACAACAAGCCCACAUCCAGGUGGUCAGUAAGAAUCUGUACAGCCAAGACUCCAAACACAGUCCCCUGCCCUAUGGGGUGUUGGACCACCGCAUGGGCACCAGCGAGAAAGACAGACCGUGUUUGACAUGUGGGAAGAAUCUGGCAGACUGUUUAGGACACUAUGGCUAUCUGGAUCUGGAACUGCCAUGUUUUCAUAUCGGCUAUUUCAAAGCCAUCAUAGGAAUCUUACAGAUGAUUUGUAAGACUUGUUCGAGCAUAAUGUUGACAAAAGAGGACAAGCUGCAGUUCUUGGAUAACUUGAAACGGCCUAACCUGGCAUAUCUUCAGAAAAGAGGGCUGAAAAAGAAGAUCUCUGAAAAGUGCCGCAAACGGACAGUCUGUCUGAGCUGUUCAGCGUUCAAUGGACCUGUGAAAAAGUGUGGCCUGCUUAAGAUCAUCCACGAGAAGUAUAAAACAACCAAGAAGGUGGUGGAUCCUUUCGUGUCGGAGUUCAUGCAGUCUUUUGACAUCGCUGUCGAACACAACAAACUGGUGGAGCCCCUGCUCGGCAGAGCACAGGAAAACCUGAACCCUCUGGUGGUCCUGAAUCUAUUUAAAAGGAUUCCUCAAGAAGACGUCCCUCUGCUGCUGAUGAACCCAGAAGCAGGGAAACCAGCAGACCUCAUCAUCACCCGCCUGCUCGUGCCUCCUCUCUGCAUCCGGCCCUCCGUGGUCAGUGACCUGAAGUCCGGCACCAACGAGGACGACCUCACCAUGAAGUUGACGGAGAUUAUUUUUCUAAAUGAUGUCAUCAAAAAGCAUCGUAUGACAGGAGCUAAAACCCAGAUGAUCAUGGAGGACUGGGACUUCCUGCAGCUGCAAUGUGCUCUUUAUAUCAAUAGUGAACUUUCUGGCAUUCCCCUUAAUAUGGCACCUAAAAAAUGGACCAGAGGCUUUGUGCAAAGACUCAAGGGAAAGCAAGGUCGAUUCCGAGGAAACCUCUCUGGGAAAAGAGUUGACUUCUCCGGGAGAACUGUCAUUUCUCCGGACCCAAACCUGAGGAUCGACGAGGUGGCGGUCCCUGUCCAUGUGGCCAAAAUCCUCACGUACCCAGAGAAGGUCAAUAAAGCCAACAUAGAGCUGAUGAGAAAACUUGUCCGCAACGGCCCCGAACUUCACCCCGGAGCCAACUUCAUCGAGAACCGUCGCAAUCAUAUCAAAAGGUUCUUAAAAUACGGGAACCGGGAAAAGAUAGCUCAGGAGCUGAGGUGCGGUGACGUGGUGGAAAGGCACAUGAUAGACGGAGACAUCGUCCUCUUCAAUCGACAGCCGUCUCUGCACAAACUCAGCAUCAUGGCCCACAUUGCCAAAGUCAAACCCCACAGAACCUUUCGGUUCAACGAGUGCGUGUGCACCCCGUACAAUGCCGACUUUGACGGCGAUGAAAUGAAUCUGCAUCUACCUCAGACCGAAGAAGCCAAGGCGGAAGCUCUGAUCCUGAUGGGGACCAAAGCUAAUCUCGUCACUCCGAGAAACGGUGAACCUUUGAUUGCUGCUAUUCAGGACUUCCUUACAGCUGCCUACCUGUUGACGCUGAAGGACACCUUCUUCGACAGGUCAAAAACCUGCCAGAUAGUGGCGGCAAUCCUUGUAGGCAAAGAUGAAAAAGUCAAGAUCGCCCUUCCUCGCCCAGCGAUAUUAAAGCCAAUUCGUCUUUGGACGGGCAAGCAAAUCUUCAGUGUCAUCUUGAAGCCGAGUGACGCAUGUCCAGUCAAGGCGAACCUGCGGACCAAAGGCAAGCAGUACUCUGGCAAAGGAGAGGACCUCUGUAGCAACGACUCAUUUGUGGUGAUUCACAACAGUGAGCUGAUGUGUGGAAGCCUGGACAAGGGAACCUUGGGAUCCGGCUCCAAGAAGAACAUUUUCUACAUCUUGCUGAGAGACUGGGGGCAACUGGAGGCUGCAAAUGCCAUGUCUCGCCUGGCAAGACUUGCUCCAGUGUUUCUCUCCAAUAGGGGGUUUUCUAUUGGAAUCGGCGAUGUGACACCUGGCGCGGGUUUGCUCAAGGCUAAGCAGGACCUGCUGGACGAUGGCUACGGCAAAUGUGACGAGUACAUUGAGGCUUUGGACACGGGAAAGUUGCAGCAGCAGCCUGGCUGCACGGCGGAGGAGACGCUGGAGGCCCUCAUCUUGAAAGAGCUCUCAGUGAUCAGAGACCGAGCCGGCAGCGCUUGCCUCAGAGAGCUGGACAAGAGCAACAGUCCUCUUAUUAUGGCUCUUUGUGGCUCCAAAGGAUCCUUCAUUAACAUCUCUCAGAUGAUCGCCUGCGUGGGCCAGCAGGCCAUUAGCGGCUCACGAGUUCCCAACGGGUUUGAGAACCGCUCCCUGCCUCACUUUGAAAAACACUCAAAAUUGCCUGCUGCUAAAGGCUUCGUGGCCGAUAGCUUCUACUCCGGGUUGACGCCCACAGAGUUCUUCUUCCACACCAUGGCCGGUCGAGAGGGCCUGGUGGACACUGCGGUGAAAACUGCAGAGACUGGAUACAUGCAGAGGCGUCUCGUGAAGUCUCUGGAGGAUUUGUGCUCCCAGUACGACCUGACAGUGCGCAGCUCCACGGGGGACAUCAUCCAGUUCAUCUAUGGCGGCGAUGGCCUGGACCCAGCCGCGAUGGAGGGAAAGGACGAGCCGCUGGAGUUUAAGAGAGUGCUGGACAAUAUUCGGGCGGGCUACACGUGCCCAGAUGAGCCGGCGCUCAGCCAGAACGAGCUGGUCCUCACUGCAGAUGCCAUCAUGAAGAGAUCUGACUUCUUGUGCUGUGGAGACAGCUUCCUUGAGGGAUUAACUGAAACUGGCACAGUGAAGUACCUGGAGGAGAUAAAGAAAUUCAUAAAAAGCAUGUCAGAAAAGAUCAAAAAGACCAGGGACAAAUACGGCAUCAACGACAACGGCACUAGCGAGCCAAAAGUUCUCUAUCAGCUGGACCGCAUCACCCCGACGCAGCUAGAGAGGUUUCUGGAGACCUGCAGAGACAAGUACAUGAGAGCCCAGAUGGAGCCCGGCUCCGCAGUAGGCGCCCUUUGUGCCCAGAGCAUCGGAGAGCCCGGCACUCAGAUGACUCUGAAAACCUUUCACUUCGCUGGUGUGGCGUCCAUGAAUAUCACCCUGGGAGUGCCUCGCAUCAAAGAAAUCAUCAAUGCCUCCAAGAACAUUAGCACUCCCAUCAUCACGGCUCAUUUGGAUAUUGAGGACGACGCCGACUUCGCCAGGCUGGUGAAAGGGAGAAUCGAGAAAACUCUUCUCGGAGAGAUUUCAGAGUACAUCGAAGAGGUUUUUCUGCCAGACGACUGUUUCAUCCUGGUGAAAUUGUCCCUGGAGAGAAUAAGACUUCUGCGAUUGGAGGUGAAUGCAGAAACGGUGCGUUACUCCAUCUGCAUGUCUAAACUACGAGUCAAGCCGGGAGACAUCGCGGUGCACGGCGAGGCGGUGGUGUGCGUGUCCCCACGAGAGAACAACAAAAGCUCCAUGUACUACGUGCUGCAGACGCUAAAAGGAGAACUUCCGAAGGUGGUGGUUCAAGGGAUUCCCGAGGUCGCCCGCGCUGUCAUCCACAUCGACGAGCAGAGCAGCAAGAAAAAGUACAAGCUCCUGGUGGAGGGCGACAACCUGAGAAGCGUCAUGGCAACACACGGGGUGAACGGAAGCAGGACCACUUCCAACAACACGUAUGAGGUGGAGAAGACUUUGGGUAUCGAGGCUGCUCGGUCCACCAUCAUCAAUGAGAUUCAGUACACCAUGGUGAACCACGGAAUGAGCAUCGACCGACGUCACGUCAUGCUUCUUGCAGAUCUCAUGUCCUAUAAGGGGGAGAUCCUGGGAAUCACCCGCUUUGGUUUAGCUAAAAUGAAGGAGAGCGUCCUCAUGCUGGCCUCGUUCGAGAAAACAGCCGACCACCUCUUCGACGCUGCUUACUUUGGACAGAAGGACUCCGUCUGCGGUGUGUCCGAGUGCAUCAUCAUGGGCAUCCCGAUGAAUAUCGGAACAGGACUGUUUAAACUCCUCCACAAAGCCGACAAAAAUCCCAACCCCGUCACCAGGCCUCUUCUCUUUGACAGCCCUGAUUUCCAUAUACCUCUCAUCACAUAGCAUCGAGGAAGGAAACACCACGUGUUUUUUUUUUGUUUUUUUUUAAGGGUUUUUGUUUGUCAUAGCUGAAAAUGACUUGUUAAUGAGUGAGAGAUGGAGAAAUGGUUUCAGUUUGAGUUUCUUCUGUCAUGCUUUGGUAAGGUGUUUUCUCUUCAGGUAAUGUUCCCACAGUUUAAUGGCACAGAACAUCGAAUCAUUAGAAGUACAAUUUGGUUUUAAACAACAGCACGGUAAACCUGCUUUACCGCAUCGAUUAUAAAUCUCCGCUGUUUUAUCCCUGAGUUAAACAUUGACAGAUUUAUAGAUCAGUUUCACAGCUGAGAAGUUUUUUUUUUUUUUUUCACGUUUGUUUUCAGCGUGGCAAAAGACUGUUAAACUGAACGUUUUAGAGAAUGUGAGAAGUGUAUUCGUGAAUGAAUGUACAUAAUGUAAUAAAUAAAUUACCAACCUGAAAGAAGGGCAAACGGUU